AUGCACAGUCGAAUUGGCAAAUGGGCUUUAGCACUCACUGAAUACUCUUUAACCUUUACGCCCUUAAGGGCAAUGAAGGGACAAAUAGUAUCAGACUUUAUGGUAGACCAUGUAGUGGUCGAAAAUCCUCAACUUCAAGUUGAGUUGAAACCUUGGAGAUUAUUCUUCGACGGUUCCACUCAUAAGGAUGGAAGUGGGGUUGGGAUCAUGUUAAUUUCUCCUGACGGAAUUCCAACAAAACUCAAAUAUAGAAUUGAAGGUCCCCCUUGUUCUAACAACGAAGCAGAAUACGAAGCCCUUAUUGCAGGACUUGAGGCUUUGUUACUCAAAAAAUUCGAAUACAUCGACAUAAAACAUGUCCCUAUAAUAAAAAACCAAGAAGCUAAUGAUUUAGCACAAAUAGCUUCAGGGUAUAGAAUUUCAAAAGGGAAGCUAGAAGAACUUGUCGAAGUAAGAGGAAAGGCAAUGGCUGCCAAAUUGUCUCCGACAGAUUUGGAAAGCACUCAGUUAGAAUAUGCUAACAAAGAGGAGUUUGAAGUACUGGCCAUUGAUACCUUAAUAGAUACAGAUUGGAGGAAUCCAAUUAUUAAUUAUCUCAAGGACCCUUCGACAUAUACAGAAAGAAAAACCAAGUACAAGGCUUUAUCUUAUGUGUUGAUGGGGAAUGAAUUAUUCAAGAAAACCCCUGAAGGGAUCCUGUUGAAAUGUUUAGGAGAAAACGAAGCUUACUUGGCAUUAUCUAGUGUACAUAGUGGAGCCUGUGGAGCACACCAGGAAGGCCAUAAGAUGAAAUGGUUGCUUUUCAGAUAUGGAAUUUAUUGGCCCACCAUGUUAAAAGAUUGUAUAGAGUUUGCUAAGGGUUGCCAAGAAUGUCAAAUACAUGCAGGAAUUCAACAUGCUCCUGCAAGUGAGCUUCAUACAAUUAUUAAGCCUUGGCCUUUAAGAGGGUGGGCAUUAGAUCUAAUUGGGGAAAUUCGACCCAAUUCAUCCAAAGGUCAAAGGUACAUACUUGUAGGAAUUGACUAUUUCACUAAAUGGGUCAAAUCAGUACCUUUAGUAAAUGUGGAUCAAGAAACUGUUAUCGAAUUCAUUCAAAGGCAAAUAUUAUAUAGAUUUGGAAUCCUAGAGAUGAGAAUCCAAAGACAAGGAGAAAUUCCAUCUGACUUAUACUGGGAAAUGAUGAUAAAUGAGCUGGUGGAUUUGGACGAAGAAAGGUUGCAUGCAUUAGAAGUAUUAAGAAGACAGAAGGAGAGGGUAGCAAGGGCAUACAAUAAGAGGGUCAAAGGUAAAACCUUCACUAUGAAUGAUUUAGUUUGGAAAGUUAUAUUACCUCUGGAUCGAAAGAAUAAAGCAUUAGGAAAAUGGUCUCCACAUUGGGAAGGACCUUUUCGAAUUCUAAAAGCCUUUUCAAAUAAUGCAUACGAAAUAGAAGAACUAACAGAGGAUCAAAGAAUCCUAAAAGUAAAUGGGAAAUACUUAAAGAAGUAUAAACCAUUUGUGCAUGAAGUUAAAGUCAUAACAACAUAA